UUAAUCCUAGGAAGGGCAUGGGGGAUAUGGUGACAUGUGAGGGGGAGUUGUUGAGUGUUUUGACUGGGUGUAGACCUAACAAAGCCAAAGCGUAUAGGAUUCAGUCCAACAACUGCUCUCUCUCUCACCUCACGCACGAGCCGUCGUUUUGGCAAAGUAUGAACGCGUUGACCCUACCGUUAAUCCUCUUCCUGCCGGAGCAACCGUCGCGGCAUAAUCAAAUUUCUCCACUACUACUAAAGCAACUUCAUUUCAAAUUCAUCAAAACCUUACCCAAAUUUCCUUACGGUUUUCCCCAUUCCUUAUACACCUUCUCUUCCCUUUCCGGAAUAAAACCCAUCCAACCAAUCCCAGGGAAAAGGAUAGAGCUGAAUUCAUACGCUUAAUGCUCAAACUCGGUGACUGCGACUACUAGACGCGGUUCUGCAAAGAGAAUUAUUAAAUUCGAGAUCUAUAGAUCAAACAGGGACUUGUUCCUGCGGCUAGUUGGCUCAAGAUAUCCCGAGUAAUUUGUCCAUGGGAGGCUCAUAGAUGAGAAACUUAUUCACCAUAAUUAAAUGUGUGUUGAAGUAUCAGUUGGAGUGUGCUGGACCAAAUAUAGAUUGUUGGUGAAAAAUUUCAGACAAACUAAGCUCGAGGUCAGACUAGCAGAUUCUGAUGGAGAUUCUGGCUCAUAAUAAGUUGAAAGAGAAUGCCGAACAAGUCCAAACCACAGGAGAAGCUGAACAUGUUGAUCGUAUCAUAACUCAAAGGCAUGAGCACAUAAUUAGACUAGAGAAAUCCCGAAGUUGUGGCUCAGUUCCAAUAGUAGACACUAAUAUAAUACCAAAUUACAUUAGAAAGGCACAGAUGUCAAGUUUGUCCACGAUAAGCAGCAACAAGAAUUUUAUUAACUCUAUGAAGUUAGAGAAUGUGAAACUAGUCGUUACUCCUGAAAAGUUGAAUUCAGAUGAUAGAAACCAUCUCCCCACCAGUUCUCAUUCUACAUUUGUCAAAUCCUCCGAUGGUGUAUCUCAAAAUGGGGACGAGUUGGAUUUUGGAGGGUUGCCAGUCACUAGCUCAGAAAAUCGUCCCAAUGUCACCUUAGAUGAAAAAUCUCAAGUUCAUGAUAUUGUUCUUUCUGACACUAAUGCUAAGCCUACUUUUUCACUAGUUAGAUCUAGGGAUGCAGAAGACACCACUUCAACAUUAUCAUCAAUUGAAUCAGCAGGUCGUACCAGGGAUGCUUCUGAAAUAGUAAAAUUAGAAUCACCAGCUUCUGCGACUCCAGCCUUCUUGCAAGUUGAACCAGAACUCCCGCCCAGAUUGUUGGUGGAAAGAAAAAGUGAUAUAAUUGAGCAACAAGCACACAAACUUCCUGAAAUUGUUUCUUCUUCUGUGGCUGACCACAAAUCUGAACUUGGAAGUGUUGAAUCUGGAAUUCAGAAGUUGGUUGAGGACUUGAAUAGCAAUUCACUUGAAACUAUUAGAGCUGCAAUAGCUGAACUCCGAAGUCUUGCCAGGCAUAAUACUGAAAACCGGAUUUUGAUUGCCAAACAUGGAGCAAUCACCUUUUUGGUCAAAUUGAUGUAUUCUACAGAUGCAAUAACCCAAGAGCAUGCUGUUACAACACUUCUCAAUCUAUCAAUCCAAAGUGACCACAAAGUCGCUAUUACUGAGGCCAAUGUAAUUGAGCCUUUGAUUCACGUCCUUGUUACAGGAAGCCCUGAGGCAAGGGAGAACUCAGCUGCCACUUUCUUUAGCCUAGCUAUGGUCGUGGAAAACAGGGUAAAGAUUGGGAAGUCUGGGGCCAUUGGGCCUCUGGUUGAACUACUAGGUAAUGGGACUCCUAGGGGAAGGAAGGACGCAACAACUGCAUUGUUUUAUCUGUCUAUGCUUCCAGAGAACAAGGUCAAGAUUGUGCAAGCUGGAGCUGUUAAGCAUCUUGUGGAGUUGAUGGAUCCAUCAGUUGGAAUGGUUGACAAGACAGUUGCUGUUCUAGCAAACCUUGCUACUAUUCAGGAGGGAAAGGUUGAAAUUGGUAGGAUGGGUGGGAUCCCUGUGUUGGUUGAGGCUAUUGAAUUGGGUUCUGCCAGAGGAAAAGAGAAUGCAGCAGCUGCACUAUUGCGGGUUUGCUCAACCUCUAAUAGAUUUUGCAUAAUGGCUCUCCAAGAAGGAGUUAUUCCGCCCUUGGUGGCAUUGUCACAAUCUGGAACUCGGAGGGCCAAGGAUAAGGCUCAGGAACUGCUUAACCUCCUCAGAAAGCAUGUGCGUAGUAAUGUUGAAAAAUACUAAUUUUGAGGUCCAGGAUCUCCUUAACGUCUUCAGAAAGCAUGUGAAUAGUAAUGUUGAAAGCCACUAAUCUUAAAGUAUGCCUGACAAUUUUUUACAUUAACCUUGGAUGUUGCUGCUGUUGAAGGGGGACAUGCAAAAUUUUUCGUGCUCCCAUAAUAUUACAUCAGGUGUCUGCGUAGAACAUUCUUCUGAUUUGUAAAUUCUGAUGGAAAUGCAGUAAAAUUCAUUCAGAAAAAUGAAAAGAGUAGAAAUGCAGGAGUAAUUUCCAAUUAAUGUCUCGAUUUGAUUUGACUGUUUCAUAUUGGCUAACCCCCCCCCUAUCAGAUUUUUAGUGCCAAACGAUUGGUGUUAAUUAGUAUCGCUUGUGAAGGAUUUAUAUUAUACCAUAUCAAUAUUUUUAAGAAAUUUUGUUGUGGGAGCUUUUAGCCU